UCAUUAAGUCGUGUUUACUACACCAGACGUGGGUAUAAAAUCCCCGAGUGUGCGCAGAGCGCGUCUUCAGAGGGGAGUGGAAAAGGAGGAGGUGAAUCUAGGGAAACGCAGGAGGAGAAACGCACGAAUCACCGGAGCGCAGCCGUAUCUGUGGUUACCGCUGGAUUUAACGCACACAUCCAUCUACACAGAACCUCCUGGAUGCUGAAGAGGAGGGAGAGAAGAGUGGAUGCUGGGGACGAUCCUAGAGAAAAAAAGGAAGAAAUAUUGGUGUUGCAGUAGAAGUAAAAAUCCUAAUUCUAACCGGAGUGCGCGCUUGCCAUCUGCAGAGAUGGAGUCCAGCCAUCGGAUCUGAGGCUACCGUUUCUUCAAUCCGUCUGAAGACCACUGGCCCUCAUGGCUCUCAUCCAUGAACCUCGUGCCCCCUCUCCCUCCCUCUCCGGUUUCAACACUCCCAUCUCCGACCCGCCGUCCUUCCACCGCCUCGAUGCCGAAACGCCCUGCACCCCGGAGAUGGACCUGACCCCGACCCAGUGCGUCCUGCGGAACGUCCUCUCCAUCGACACCGGGGGCGCCGUCGAGCCGGGCGGCGGCGGCGGAGGAGGAGGAGGAGGAGGGGAGGGACAGACUGCCGGACACAACCAGACGCCCAGUGAGGAACAACAGGAGAACUUUGCCAACAGUGUACUGAAGCUCCACGAGCAUGAUGGGAGCCCAGGAAGGACAGAGGGAAAGGGGCCGGAGUUGGACGGCUCUGUGGUCCGGAGCCAGGCGGACGACGCCAGGUUACAGUGCCAGUCCACGGGAGGGGGAGGAGGGUUUCUGGAGGGUUUGUUUGGGUGCUUACGACCGGUGUGGACAAUGAUCGGCAAGGCCUACUCCACAGAGCACAAACACGCCCUGGAUGAGGAGUGGGAGGUCCCGUUUGAAGAGAUAUCAGACCUGCAGUGGGUGGGCAGCGGAGCCCAGGGCGCCGUCUUCCUCGGGAAGCUGCACGGACAGGAAGUGGCUGUGAAGAAAGUCCGAAACAUCAAGGAGACCGACAUCAAGCACCUGCGGAAGCUCAAACACCCUAACAUAAUCACUUUCAAAGGUAUCUGUACUCAAGCUCCUUGUUACUGCAUCAUCAUGGAGUACUGCGCUCAGGGACAGCUCUACGAGGUGCUGAGAGCGGGCAGGAAGAUCACUCCGUCCCUGCUCAUGGACUGGGCCAUGGGCAUCGCCGGGGGCAUGAACUAUCUUCACCUCCACAAGAUCAUCCACAGAGAUCUCAAGUCACCCAACAUGCUGAUCACCUACGACGAUGCAGUGAAGAUCUCCGAUUUUGGCACAUCCAAGGAGCUCAGUGACAAGAGCACCAAGAUGUCUUUUGCCGGGACUGUGGCCUGGAUGGCUCCCGAGGUGAUUCGCAACGAACCCGUCUCUGAGAAGGUGGAUAUCUGGUCAUUCGGCGUCGUGCUGUGGGAGAUGUUGACAGGGGAGGUGCCCUACAAGGACGUGGACUCCUCUGCCAUCAUCUGGGGAGUCGGCAACAACAGCCUCCAGCUGCCGGUACCUGAUAGCUGCCCCGACAGCUUCAAACUGCUGCUGAGGCAAUGCUGGAACUGCAAGCCAAGAAACAGGCCGUCAUUUCGACAGAUCCUGCUACAUCUGGACAUCGCCUCAGCAGAUAUACUCUCCACCCCACAGGAAACUUACUUUCAUGCUCAGGCGGAGUGGAGAGACGAGGUGAGACACCACUUUGAGAAGAUCAAGUCCGAGGGAACGUGUCUUCACAGGCUCGACGAGGAGCUGAUCAAACGCCGUCGGGAAGAACUCAGACAUGCGCUGGACAUCCGGGAGCAUUACGAACGGAAAUUGGAGAGAGCCAAUAAUCUGUACAUGGAGCUCAACGCCAUCAUGCUGCAGCUGGAGAUCAAAGAGAGAGAGCUGCUCAAGAGGGAGCAUUCUCUGGACAAGAAGUACCCCGGCUGCUUCAAACAUCACAGUUCCAGACAGUCGGCGUCCUCCAAUUCAAUGGAGAAGCUCCUGAAGAAACGCAACGUACCCCAGAAAUUGCCCUCACACAGCAAAAGGCCAGAUCUACUAAAGUCAGAGGUCAUCCUCCCCAAACUGGACUCGUCCAUGACCCAGGUUACCAUUCCCACCAAGGGCUCCACCUCCCCGGGCCGCUCGCGCCGAGGGAAACCCCGUUACAGGAAGGCCGGCAAAGGCAGCAGCGGCGACCUGGCUCAGCUCAAGGCCACGCUGUCGUCGUCUCUAGCGAUGAUCAACGCCACGUCCUCCGUUCCCAGCAGCAAGUACCGCCUGGACCCCAGCGCGGCUCUGCGAGGCCUGCAGCACGACCUGCUGCUCAAAAAGAUGUCCUCCUCCAGCCCCGAUCUCAUCUCAACCACCCUGGAGGCCGAGUGUCGGCGGAGGGGGCAGACGAGGACGGGGCUGGAUAGAACGGGCAGUCAGAGCGCCUCGGCCGGGCUGGAGGAGCCCGAGGGCAACGAUGGGCCGGUAGACGGGCGCAACGUUGGUGUGGGGACCGACGACCCCACGGAAACGCCUCCGCGCAGCGACACGCCCAGCGAAGACGCAGCAUCUAUUCCCUUCUCCAGCAGCCCCGACUCGCCGUGCGGCAGAGGCGCGGCUGCAGGGAGGACGUCUGCUCUCGGGAACGCUCGCGUCCCCUACGACGGAGACGAGAAGGAGGACGGGCCCGUGAUCACACGCUCACCCCGGAGUCAGCGCCUCACACCGGCAGCGCUGCUCUACAGGGCAGCGGUGACACGCAGUCAGAGACGCGGCCUGUCGUCAGAGGAAGAGGAGGGUGAGGUGGACAGUGAAGUGGAGCUGCCCCGGAGACGGCGGCAUGUGAGCAUCACCAAAUGCCAGUCCCUGUCAACCUUUAGCUCAGAGAACUUAUCAGUGUCUGACGGCGAGGAGGGAAACACCACCGACCACUCCCACAGCGGCACGCCCGACGUGGUCAGCACCAACACGGACGAGCGCCUGGACGACAAGAGCGACGACCUGCUCUCCCAGGGCUCCGAGAUUCCCGCCGACCCCUCUGACCCGACCCAGCUGGGCUCGGACGGGCUGUCUGAGAAGGAAGCUGCUCUGCAGCAAGUCAAGACGCAGCUCGCUUCAAAUGAACUUAAUUAUGAGGGCCUGUAUGACGACUCGGACUGCGACAGUGCUGAGCUGGACCAUUCGUGCGGCGCCGAGCCCAGCCAGGCGCCGUCCAACUGGUGAAAACAUGCCGGCUGCACCCACUCCAACACAUACCUCUAACACUCCUGGAGACGCCAGGGAACCACCAGUCAUCAGUCGCAGUCAACGGUGAAAGGAAAUGAACACUUAUCUCACAAAUAUGGCAUUAAUUAAAAAAAAAAAAAAGAAAAAAGAAAAGGAAAAUCCUAUUUCCUUUUGAGAUUUAACACAUCUUGGGGAUGUGAGACCUAACUGGAGCAACAGCCGCCUCCCGUGUUCUCUCCAUAGCAACGGGCCCAGGAUCAGCUCCGUACACCUCAGCAGCAGGAGCCUCAGUCCAGGAGGCCAAUAACUGUCUAUUAAUGUCUCCCGUCAGCUUCCACGUUGAUUUUCCAUUUUUAAUCUCCAUCAUGAAAUCUGUGUCAUCUUAUUUUACAUUGUCAUAAAAAAAAAAUUGAAAAAAAAAAUUCUUUCAGGGGUUUUGUACCAUUUUAGAGUUUGAAUUGUCACCAUUCCUGGCACAGCCACCGAUGUCAUUCCUCAACUGAUUUAUGAAUAAUUGUGUCAUAAUCCAUUUACUGUCAAAAACAAUAUGCACUGAUUUUUUUUUUUCCUUUCACGGUGAUUCCAAUGAAAAGAAAUGUUUACAUCUCAUUUGCAUUAUUUAUAUUCGUGUCAUAAUUUAUGUUUCCAUUUUCUACUUGUGUGUCUUAAUAAUAUUGUUGUAAAUAUGAAAUGUAAACGGAACAAAUUUUUUUAAAUGUGAGAUUGUAUAACUUCAGGUGCUGAUGUUUUCCAGUAGGUGGCACUGUUCUAUUUGAGCGUCAGAAAGGUUUAUGGUAGUAGAAUGUAACUGUAGCUGCUGUUCAUGUUUGAGCAUCGAAAACACUGCAAAAGAAAGGAAAGAAAGAAAAGCCAGUAGGUCUGCAACAUCUGCUGCAGACAGGCUUUUUCCUCCAUACUUAGUAUUGCAGCAUUUAAUGUAUUAAAACAAAAAUAAGUUUAAUUUAUUUUAUUUAAACAUGGAGAAGGGGGGGCAUGCUGAUUUAAUUUUACUGGUUAUUUCUGAACCAGUCAUUGUCACCUGUAUAGAAACAAAUGCAACAAGACUGCAGUUAACGAGGAAACGCAUCAUAGCUGAAAUGAUCCGUUUGUCUCUUUUUAGGUUUGCCAACAUGGGAGAAUUUGAUUCUUUAUUUUUUACUAUAGAAAUCACUGCGGUGGCUAUUGAACCGUUCACUUAUUGAGUCGAGAGCAAAUAUUCUGACAGGUCUGGAGAAAAACUUGACAGACUGAAUGAUGAGUGAAAUUAUGGUGCUGACUUAUUUGUGCCCCUCAAGAACCUUUUUAGUUUGCACUCGAGCUUACUGUACAACAGAACUUUACAUCCUGCUCCACUAAUCUUGACUGAUUUAGGUCUAUCAAUAAGCUAUAAAAUGCAGCUUUCAUUCUUCCUCUUAAGUCAGGUGUUAUUCUUUCAGGUUUACAUUUGUAUAGCAUUUGUAAGCAAUUUGUGCCCCAGAGUAAAAUGUUGCCAAAAAGGAAAAAAAACAAAACCACUCCCGUCUAGUGUUUCAAAGAGUACGUUUCUUAUGAAGCUGACUGUAACAACCGUUUUGGACUAAAAUGUUGGCUUUUUAUAAUACAUUACUGUAAUUGUACAAUAAAUAUAUUUAAGAAAUUAUUUAAAAUAAAAUCAAACAAUCCCAACUUGUGUUUUCCGUGU